AUGACAGCGCAACCACGACGAGCGAGGCGGGGCAGCCUGUUGGUGCUCUGGACGAGGGAGACCGAGCCGGAGCCAAUAGCGGCAGGCUCGCACCAAGCACAGGAAAAGGCGCUCGAAGCCGCACAGCCAUCCUCUGCCCACCACGUCGACGAGCUUGCAACCACCUCACACGACUUGCCCGCUGCUGGCCGCUCAACACCUCCACCCAGCGAGCCGACCGAGAAGGCUGCAGGAAAGGCCCCCGUACGCUCGCCCUCGCCCCCGCCCCCGCCUCCAAAGGACGACAGGUAUCUUUCGACGAGUAACGUGCCCAGCCGGGCUGCAUCCCCCAUGUCACAGGCACGCUCAAGUGGGGGCAACUCGGAAGAUGCUGCCGCUGACGAAUAUGGUACAGCAAACGACGGCACUGGGGACGCUGCCGAUAACUCUCAGCCAGAGAUCCAGAGCAUCAUGGACCAGUUCCAGGGUAAUGCAGCGCCGGGGGAGGACGAGAUCAUGUCACCACGCCUUGAGAUUGCCAAUCCCCUUCUCGAAUCGCCGCCUUCAGCCUUUCCUCCACGCCGCUCGAGCCUCGUUCCUCCCGACAAGCCCCUUCCUAUACCCAUGACGGAAGAUGCCGCUUCCGGAGCGCCUAUACAGUCUCCACCCCCGCGAACCUCAUCCUUAUACCGCGUUGGUACCAACACAUCUUUCCAAGAACCAUCAUCUCCUAGCGCACAUGCCUCCAAAUACAAACCCGUACAACCGGCCCCGGAGCCAGAGCCCGAUCUACCAUUUGACUUCCACCGAUUCCUUGAGCAACUGCGUCACCGAACAGCAGACCCGGUGGCCAAGUUCCUUCGGUCUUUCCUUCUAGAAUUUGGCAAGAAGCAAUGGAUGGUGCAUGAGCAGGUCAAGAUCAUUGGCGACUUUCUUGAAUUUAUAGCAAAGAAGAUGGCUCAGUGCGAAGUAUGGCGAACCGUAUCAGACGCCGAGUUUGAUAACGCAAGAGAAGGCAUGGAGAAGCUAGUCAUGAACAGGCUAUAUACCCAGACCUUUUCUCCCGCAAUUCCACCAGCAGAGCCAAUAUCGCCGCGUAAAGGCGGAAGAAGACAUGAUCCGGCAAGACCCGGCAGGAGGGGUCAGCACCAAGAAGACGUGGAACGCGACGAGAUCCUUGCACAGAAAGUUCGCAUCUACAAGUGGGUCAAAGAAGAGCAUUUAGACAUCAAGCCAAUUGGCGAAAAGGGGAAGAAAUUCCUUCACCUGGCCCAACAAGAGCUACUGAAGAUUAAAAGCUACCGGGCACCAAGAGACAAAAUUAUCUGCAUUCUGAAUUGCUGUAAAGUCAUCUUUGGCUUUCUACGGACAUCAAAUUCAGACCAGUCUGCCGAUGCAUUUAUACCGCUGCUCAUCUACACUGUGCUGCAGGCCAACCCAGAGCAUCUUGUCUCAAAUGUACAAUACAUCCUCCGGUUCCGCAACCAGGAGAAGUUGGGUGGCGAAGCAGGCUACUACAUCUCGUCGUUAAUGGGCGCCGUACAGUUUAUCGAAGGUUUAGACAAGACUUCACUAACAGUCAGCGACGAAGAGUUUGAGAAGAAUGUCGAAGCAGCAGUGUCGGCCAUUGCUGAGCGCCAUGCGGCUGAAGAAGCCGAGCCGUCAUCUGCUUCUACCCAGUUACACCCUAAUGCCCCUACCCAUAAGCGCAUGCCCUCGCCACACUACCACCACAUACAAGAAAAGACGACACCCUUGCGGCCCGAACUCACUCAGAGAAAUUCAAUGGAGGCUGAAACUGCAGGGCCACGCCGCUCGACGAGCGUCAAGAACAAUCAGUCCGAAGCUGAGCAGCCCGAGGAAGAGAAUGCAGCCGUAGCAGGCUUGCUGCGCACUAUACAGCGCCCACUCAGCACAAUCGGGCGUAUCUUCUCCGACAGUGAUACCCACCAGUCGUCUGGGCAAACCACGCCGUCAAAGCAGCAGCAGCAAUUGCCCACGCGUUCAAGGGCAGAAGCUCCUGAACACGAACAAAAUCACGAGGAAAAUCGGCACAGGGAGAAGGCCUCGGCCGAAGAGGCGGCGGCGAAACGCGCAUCUGCAGAGGCAGAAGAGAUACGUCGGAUUCAGCGGAGGGAGCACCAAGUUGUUGUCGAGACGUUGACAAAUAUGUUUCCGCAGCUGGACAAGGAUGUUAUUGAUGAUGUUGUGCGGCAGAAGGAAGGACGGGUUGGUCUUGCGGUUGAUGCAUGUUUAGCGCUGGCGAAUCCUUGA